CACAGACAUGUAGCAUAUGCCAUAAAUGUCUCGGAUGGGAAUACCCCUGUAAAGCUGCUGGCCAUCCUAAGGACCUGUCGAGGCUCGGUGUAUGGACAAUUAGCUGUCUCUGGUUGGACUUCCCAGGGAUUGUAUUCAGGUAGCCAAAAGACCUUGUACUGUGAAAACAUGGGUGUCUUACAAAUGGCAGAGUCAGACACUAUAUCCAAAGGACAAGAAAAGCCCCGUAAGUCCUCCACAGAAAGCAGCAAAAGUCCAAAAACAGCUCAACCAUCCUGCAUAAGAGGAGCUUUCGUCCGUAUAUUUCUAAAGAGGGCAGAACCCAACAAGACCGAGGAAGACCAGAUAAGCAACCGAAAUACAGAAGAUCAGGAGGGAGUAAGAGGCAAAAAACGGAGAGUGACUGGAGGCAUCUUCCGUCUACCAUGCCUCAGACCAGCAGAGACAACAGGUAAUGACAUCCAGGACAAAACAGGGGAACAAGGUAAUGAUAUUGUCCAAGAAGAAGAACUGAAACCAUAUUCUAAAGCCUCAUUUCUUCGUAAAAUUAGAUGCUACAGAUUAAUGCGGGAAAAAGAUGCUACAGAGAAAGAGAAAGUGGUAGAAAUGGUACAACAUAAGCAUGAUAAAGAGGGUGCUGAGGUAAAACAGUGCAAGGAGAGGGUGGUAGAACAGAAUGAAGAGGGUCUUCAAAAUAUUAACCAGGAGGAAGUGGUGGAAGAGAAAGGAAAAGACACAAUAGAACAGGGAAGUCAUGCAAAAGGUUUGGGAGAAGCAGGUAAUGAUUCAGAAGAACAGGAUUUAAAUGUGGAACAUGUAGGAGAACACGAGAAAAGCUUAAGAAAACAGGAAUGUAACACAGGAAAGUUUUUAAAAGAAAUAAUGAAAAGAGAAGAUCAGACACAAAGUGUGGGGGGCAUGGGCAAAGGCUUGGCAGAACAGGAAAGUGGUGUAGAGACUCUAGAAGAAAAUAAUGAAUUGUUAGAAGAUGGGGAGACUCUUCAAGAAGAUAAAAAAAUAGAAAAACAGGAGACACACAUAGAUAAAAUAGAACAGAAGGAACAAGUGUUACUCGGAAAGCAUGAGGGAGACAUAGAACAAAGUAAUUGUGAAGCCAAGGCGAGGGCUUUAGAUAAUGCUUUGUCAGAUAUGGUGAGUCAACCAGAUGAGAUGGAGAGGCAAGAAGAACAGGAGGAGGCAAUGGAUAAAGAUUUACCCAAGCAGGAUACAGAAGAGUCGGUGGAUGUAAUGGAAAAAUAUUGUCCAGAAAACAAGUGUCAUAUAGACAAGCUGGAAGAGUCUGGGAAUUAUAACUCAGAACAAGAAGAAGAGGGAAAUGCUAAAAAUAAUGGACCGCAACAUCUGGAGAAAAACAUGAAAGAAGAAGUUUGCCAUAAAGAGACAGGAUUACAGGAAAAAGACAUGGCAGAUCGGGAUAGUCAAGCAGAAUUCGCUGACAAAUUUGAGGAUAAUGUUUUGGAAAAUAACAGCAUAGAGGAAAGCCAUGCCGAAGUAGAUGGUGGCCAGGAGAACAACUUGGUAGAUAAAGAUAGUUAUACAAAGAAUGCAGAUAACUCUAGGAAACAGAUCUCACAUCCUGGAAGUCAAUACCUUGUGAAGGACGGUCUAGCAGAAACUGUGGGAGAAUUCGAAGGCAAGCCUGUGGAGGUCUCAGAAGUAUCCUUAGAUGUUCAAGAUGACCAUAUUGUUACAAACUACUUGCCAAAGCAAGAGCUGACCAAGACCAACAUGAAUAAAGACACUGUGACCUGCCAGCUAAAAGAUUCAUCUGUUAAGAAGACGCUAGGUUCUGAAGACAAUGAAGAGCUUCUUGCAUCCAUCAUUAAGAAGACUACAGCCAACAACAUCCUUAACUGUGCAGCUUUUGAGGAUGUUCACACCCAUGUGGUGGAGUUACAGAAAGAGGUUCUAACAAAUGCAACAGACCUUCCCUACCAGGAAGCACAUAUAUGUGUCAGUAAUAAAGAUGAUGGUAUGGGCUGUGAGAGUGCAGAUUUGGGAUCCCUGAAAGUAGAGGUGCAGGACAUGGUGGAAUGGUUGGUACAAGAAGCCUCAGAUAGACUAUCCAAUUACACACAAAAAACAGAAGGUACUGGGUAAAACCACCAGUUCUGUUCUAGAAAUAUCUGGCCUAGUCUAAUUCUCACUUUCCAUAGGAAGCAACAAGUCCUAGCGAACUUGUGUGUUAGAAGAAGUAGCAGUACCAUGUUCUGAGUGUCUAGUUGUGGAGACAUUUACAGGUUUUAUCUCAAUCAUGUGUCUUAGAAUAAACUUAAAAAGAAAAAAAGCUUCCUCAGACCGAAAUGAUCCAAUGUGUUUACACUUCACUAUGUGUGAAGCAUAUGUCCAUGAAGUUACUAGAAGACUCACUACAUAUACUGACAGCCGUAGGGGCAUACUGCAUGCUGCACUAAAGAAGAUGACGUAAAACCUAUUCAUGACAUGUAGAAAUAUAUUGCCACACAUAAGAGCAUAGCCAUAUACCAGUAUAGGAUAUCAGCAAUAUAUAUAUAUUUAACUAUGGGAUAAGUGUUGUAUCACAAUGCUGGAUAACACAGCCAUUUAAUGUAACUAGUCUCGUUGGUGCUAUGAAGACUCUCACCAAAGCUUACCAAGUGAGGUGUUACCUGCCCUUUAUGAUAGAUAUUGCUUCAUAAUAUAUAUAAAGGGUACCUCUCAUCAAAAAAACUUUUGAUAUAUUAUAGAUUAAUGUAUGCAGAAUAACUUUACAAUUGCAUGUUAUUAAAAAAUAUGCUUCUUUCUAUUUAAUUUUCCACUUUGAAGAAAUGACCACUAGGGGUCUCCCUACCAGUCCUGGCAGCAAGCAUUUCAGACUCAUGCUGGAGUCCUAAACACUACGAGCUGCCAGUCUGCUUUGUUCACAAAGGAGAACACUCA